UUCAUUUACGUCGGAUCCACUUCUUUGUUAAAGAAAUGCCCAUGAGAUUUAUUCAACAUACAUCGCACAAUGGGUUUUAAGAAGCUCUCUCUACUUCUGUUGCCAUCAAUGAAGACUCAUUGAUCUGACCGUUCCCAGUGUAAACCCGCUCUUGCUCGCCUUCCCACUGCAGCAACUGGUUACCCCAGAAUGGAGGACACUUACAAUAACAGGACUUCCCUGGUUAAAGGGGCCAAGGAUAUGGUCAAGGAGGCAAAGCGGCAGGCGACCAAGAAGGUCAACAAGGUGGUGGACCGUGCUACAGAUGAAUAUUCAUCCCACCACAACUAUUCACGAUUCCAGGACGAUGCGGACGACGAUGAGGAUUUCUACAGGAAUCCACCUCGGCAAGAUGGAGAGGGUUACCACGACACUGACGAGGGCUCCAGCGACGCCACCGAGGGCCACGACGAUGAGGACGAGAUCUAUGAGGGCGAGUACCAGGGGGUCCCCUCCACGGGCGACAGGAAGCAUAAGGAGGGCCAAGUGGCCCUGGGGCAACCGAUGUCGGACGCGGUGAGGGACAGAAAGGAGCUGGAUCAGGAACGACAGGCGGAUGAGGAGGAGCUGGCACAGCAGUACGAGCUCAUCAUCCAAGAGUGCGGCCACGGGAGGUUCCAGUGGCAGCUGUUCCUGGUGCUCGGACUGGCCCUCAUGUCGGACGGCGUUGAGGUCUUCGUGGUGGGCUUUGUGCUUCCCAGCGCCGAAACAGACAUGUGUGCGCCCGAUUCCAGCUCAGGAUGGCUAGGGAGCAUCGUUUACCUGGGGAUGAUGCUGGGAGCGUUCUUUUGGGGAGGAAUGUCCGACAAAGUGGGCCGCAGACAGUGCCUCCUCGUUUGCAUGUCCACCAACGGCUUCUUCGCCUUCCUGUCGUCUUUUGUCCAGGGAUACGGCGUCUUCCUCGUUUGCCGCCUCGCCGCCGGGUUCGGGAUAGGAGGUGCAGUGCCCAUUGUUUUCUCUUUCUUUGCAGAGGUUUUGUCGAGGGAGAAAAGAGGCGAACACCUGAGCUGGCUCUGUAUGUUUUGGAUGAUUGGCGAGAUCUACGCAUCUGCCAUGGCGUGGGCCAUUAUCCCGCAUUAUGGAUGGAGUUUCAGCAUGGGUUCAGCAUACCAGUUCCACAGUUGGAGAGUGUUUGUGGUGGUCUGCGCCCUACCUUGCGUGUGUGCUGUGGUCGCACUGACCUUCAUGCCUGAAAGCCCAAGAUUUUAUCUUGAGGUGGGGAAGCACGACGAAGCCUGGAUGAUCCUCAAACAAAUCCACGACACCAACAUGAGAGCGCGUGGGCAGCCGGAGAAAGUCUUCAGCGUUAACAGGAUAAAGAUCCCAAAGCAGCUCGAUGAGUUGGUCGAAUUGGAGUCCGAAUCCGGAAAUCCAGUUUCCAAGGCUGUCUUUCGGCUGAAGGCUGAAAUCCAUGGGAUCUAUUUGAAUCUCAUGAAGUGUUUCAACUACCCGAUGCGAGAAAAUAUAAUGCGACUCGCCAUUGUGUGGUUCACGCUGUCUUUCGGGUAUUAUGGUCUGUCUGUCUGGUUCCCCGAUGUCAUCAAACACCUCCAGGCAGACGAAUAUGCCUCCAAAGUGCAAAUCCACAACAGCGAACGCAUUGAAGACUUCACCUUCAACUUUACUCUAGAGAACCAGAUACACAAAAAUGGACUUUUCAUCAAUGAUCGAUUCAUCAACAUGAAACUCAAAUCCGUCACCUUUGUUGACUCAACGUUUCGUAACUGCUACUUUGAUGAUGUCACAUCGGUGGGAUCCUAUUUCCAUAACUGCACUUUUAUCGAUGCGUUCUUCUUUAAUACAGACAUCGACGACUCUAAGCUGAUCGAUGGCACUGAGGUGGUCAACAGCACUUUCACCCAUAACAAGACGGGAUGCCAGAUGACAUUUGAUGACGAUUACAGCGCCUACUGGGUUUACUUCAUCAACUUCUUGGGAACGUUGGCCGUUCUACCUGGGAACAUCGUGUCCGCUCUUCUCAUGGAUAAAACGGGACGUCUGUCCAUGUUAGGUGGCUCCAUGGUGUUGUCAGGCAUCAGCUGCUUCUUUUUGUGGUUUGGCACCAGUGAGUCCAUGAUGAUUUUCAUGCUGUGCCUUUAUAACGGCUUGAGUAUCUCUGCCUGGAACUCCCUUGACGUGGUCACAACUGAAUCUUUCCCGACUGCCCGGAGAGGAACUGGCUUUGGAUUCUGCAAUGCCCUUUGUAAGCUGGCUGCAGUCUUGGGAAACCUGAUUUUCGGUUCUCUAGUUGGCAUCACGAAGGCCAUCCCCAUCCUGAUGGCAUCGUCAGUUCUAGUGAUGGGAGGUCUGGUCGCCCUCCGGUUGCCUGAUACCAGGGCGAAUGUCCUCAUGUAACACCAGCUUCACCAUAGUACAACCUAGAAAAAAACAUGGAGCUUCAAGGGGAUAACAGAUCAUAGUGAAAGGGGGGCAAGUGGCUUGGAUCAUACAUGCAGUGGUUAUCAAAAGUCUACACUCCCUGUUCAAAAAACAAAUAAAUACAAAUCACAUACUUGAAAUCUGCCGAACGCAUUUGGGAAAAUGUAUUUUGCUCCAAUGAAAACAAAGGUUGAACUUUCUGCCAAUUACUCCAAAGGGCAUGCUUGGCACAAAUGCAGCACUGCUCAUCACCAAAAGAACAACAUACAUACAGUGAAGCCUGUUGGUGGCAGCAUCGUCCUUUGGC